AUGGAUUUGUAUAACAUCUCCUUUGACACGGAAUAUUUGCACAACAUCUCCACUUAUGAAUGGGAAUUUCAGUUGCCAACCACCUUUUCUGUGGCAUCAUGUAUUGUCAGCUCCAUCAGCCUUCCUUUGACGUUACUCGCCAUCUACGCUCUGUAUUCCCAGGUGCAAGAGAACAAUGUUGCUCCUGUCUCCGUCAUCAACCUCCUCAUCUCUGACCUUAUCCAGAUGUGCUGCUUUGUCAUCUGGAUGGCAGGACCCAAGAAUCUCAUCAUGCCAGUGUUCAGUGUUGGCUUCAUGGUGUGUGUAGCCAUGGAAAGGUAUACAGUCAUUGCCUGCCCACUGUGGUUCCACUUCAGAAGAAACAUCAGCUUCUCUCUGCUGAUCUGCAUCAUAGUCUGGUGCAUCCCCUUGGUCCACACCUUUCUCAACAACAUAUCAUCUCGUCCAUUGAGCCCACAUGUCCUCCUGUCCAUCUACCUCCUCCUGCCCUUUCCCCUGCUCAUCUUCUUCCUGGCUGGGACCCUCAAAGCCCUGUCCUCCUCCAUCUCUGUCCCCUCUGAGGAAAAACGGCAAAUUGUGGGAACCUUGGUUCUGGUGCUGCUCAAUUACACCCUGCUGUUUGUUCCCUUGAUCAUUUUGUUUUUGAGUUGGGAACAUGAGCUCUUUUCUUCAGCAACAUGUGAAACUGUCCCGUUUGAUCGUGAUGUGCAAUUAAUCUUCCUUCAGCUGAGUCCCCUUAUGGACUUGGUUCUGUAUGUUUUUGUGAAGAAAGGGUCUGUAGACAAGCUGCUAGCUUUCCUGUGUCGAUGCAGAAUGACCACAGAGCAAGAGCAGGGGCAGGUCUCCACUGUGGACAGCAACACUCUCCACACAGUCAGCUCCAUGUAG